GAGGCAAAGAAAUCAUCUGCUUGCUAUCCAUCCUUAUUUAGAUAUAGCAGCAGCAGCGGAAUAAGAAAACUUUAGGUAGAAAGGAGAAAAAUGGAACAGCAGCAGCAGCAGGGGAACCAAGGAGUUGUAAUGGGGAAAGAGAACCCGAUACAACAAUUGCAGGCUAAGAUGAAGGAGUUGGAGAAUGGUUUCAAGUCCUGGUUAUCCAAACAGUCCUUAGCUGUCGAGGCCGCCGUUGUUACUGCCACCUCUGCUACUCAGGGCGCCGCAAUUGGUGCCAUCAUGGGAACCCUCGCACCUGACAUCUCCUCUUCUCUACCUACACCUCCUCCUGAUGCCGCCUUAAACCCUCAGGCCAUGGCCUCUAUCAAGCAAGCCCAGGCUCUAUCUGGGGGUCCCCUGGUACAAGCUCGCAACUUUGCUGUCAUGACAGGUGUUAAUGCUGGCAUAUCCUCUGUUAUGAAAAGAUUGAGAGGCAAGGAAGAUGUUCAAUCCAGCAUGGUAGCAGCUUUCGGUUCUGGGGCUAUGUUUUCGUUAGUGAGUGGUGUGGGUGGACCGAAUCCGGCUGCAAAUGCAAUUACUUCAGGACUUUUUUUUGCACUUGUUCAAGGUGGACUUUUCCAGUUAGGGCAAAAGUUCUCUCAGCCACCAGCUGAAGAUACAUUUUAUGCCAGAACAAGAACCAUGCUACAUAGUCUUGGUCUACAGAAUUAUGAGAAGAAUUUCAAGAAAGGAUUGUUAACUGAUAGCACUUUGCCAUUGCUGACUGAUAGUGCUUUAAGAGAUGUCAGGAUCCCGCCGGGACCAAGACUCCUUAUUCUUGACCAUAUUCAGAGGGACCCCGAGCUGAAAGAAAGGCGAGGAAUCCAUGGUUGAGCUUAUAUGCACAAAAGCAUGAAGUUGUUGCAGAGCAGUUCUAUUUAGUAGGAUAGAGAAUUGUGAUUGUUUUUUGUUGAAUUUAUUCUUCCUUUUUAACAUCUCUUGUCAGUUACAAAGAAGUAUUUCCUGGGAGAUAUCUUUUACUUCUA